GAGGACGCACGCCGCGGGGCACGCACCGGCUAGCUGUCCCGCAGAACGGCCCCAAGGAGUCAGAAUUCGCACAACCGUGGGUCGGUCAGGGACUGAGGGGAAGGAAGACUGGAUAUAAAGCCAAUGGAUAGACAGAUCGACGAUUUUCUGGAGCGAGCUCUCUACGGGCAGAGAUGGGGACCGGGAUUCCCCUAGUCGGGCUCACCGCCUCCCCGACCCCCGCACACUUUGGGGGAAGUUUCCAGGCGUAGCCUGGGGCAGGUCACCUACCAUUAGUACGAAUCUGCUCCCCGAGAAGAGGAAAUAUUCUGAAGGCAUGCCAGUCCACCUGUCAACGAGGAACCCAUAAUGUCUUCUCAUCUCCAGUGUGGCUCCACGCUCUCUACUGAUGCCAUUCCAACUUUCUUUGGUGCCAUGGGAAAAACCUGAAGCACGAGCAGAGUCACCUCCAAAUCUGUGGUCACUUCAUUGUUGCAUGGCGGUACAGAACAGACUAUUAGAAUUUGCUCUAGUGUGUUGCCCUUCGUAUCCGAACCAAAGAGCGUGCCUCGUUCUCUAGUGAAUUGCUGUCUGUUCUCUUCCUUAUUCAUACCUGUUGCUCGUGCCUUCCUACUCUCUUCUGACAUCACGGGAUACCCUUAAAGUUUCUCAGCAGACUCCUCGAGGGCUGGCUCAUGGCUCUCUAAGCCAGCUGUGCAAGGACUCUACCAUGAGGCACUGCAUUAAUUGCUGCAUCCAGCUGUUCCCCGAAGACACACACACACAGCAAGUUGCCUGCCAAGGAGGCCCCCAUCACAGUCAUCAGGCGUGCCCCACUUGCAAAGGAGAAAACAAGAUUCUGUUUCGUGUGGACAGCAAACAGAUGAACUUGCUUGCUGUUCUCGAAGUGAGGACGGAGGGCCAUGAAAACUGGGGUGGGUUUUUGCGCUUCAGGAAGGGGAAGCGAUGUAGCCUGGUCUUUGGAUUGGUAAUAAUGACCCUGGUGAUGGCUUCGUACAUCCUUUCUGGAGCUCAUCAGGAACUUCUGAUCUCCUCUCCCUUCCAUUAUGGGGGCUUUCCCAGCAACCCCAGUGUGACGGACAAUGAGAGCCCCAGUGAUGUGAAAGAGCACCACUACCAGCCUUCUGCAAAUAACAUCUCCUAUGUCAAGGACUAUCCGAGCAUUAAACUGGUUAUCGACAGCAUCGCUGCCAGGAUUGAGUUCACAACCAGGCAGCUCCCGGACUUACAAGAUCUCAAGAGACAAGAGCUACACAUGUUUUCUGUAAUCCCCAGUAAAUUCCUUCCGACUAGCAAGAGCCCUUGUUGGUACGAGGAAUUCUCCGGCAGAAACACCACAGACCCCUACCUGACCAAUUCCUACGUGCUCUAUUCCAAGCGGUUCCGCUCUACCUUUGACACGCUGCGAAAGGCUUUCUGGGGCCACCUGUCCCACGUGCGUGGCAAGCACUUCCGCCUGCGCUGCCUGCCCCACUUCUACAUCAUUGGGCAGCCCAAGUGUGGAACCACUGACCUCUAUGACCGACUUCGGCUGCAUCCGGAAGUGAAAUUCUCAGCCAUCAAGGAGCCCCACUGGUGGACCCGGAAGCGCUUUGGAAUUGUCCGCCUGAGGGACGGUCUGCGAGACCGCUACCCUGUGGAAGAUUACCUGGAUCUCUUUGACUUGGCGGCACACCAGAUCCAUCAAGGACUGCAGGCUGCCUCUGCAGAGCAGCCCAGCACGAUGAAUAAGAUCAUUAUCGGAGAGGCCAGCGCCUCAACAAUGUGGGAUAACAAUGCCUGGACCUUCUUCUAUGACAACAGCACAGACGGCGAGCCUCCUUUCCUGACCCAAGACUUCAUCCACGCCUUUCAGCCUGAAGCCAAGCUCAUUGUUAUGCUCAGGGACCCUGUGGAGAGGUUGUACUCAGACUAUCUCUACUUUGCAAGUUCAAAUAAAUCUGCAGAUGACUUCCACGAGAAGGUGACGGAGGCUCUGCAGCUGUUUGAAAAUUGCAUGCUGGAUUACUCGCUGCGCGCCUGUGUCUACAACAACACCCUGAACAAUGCCAUGCCCGUAAGGCUCCAAGUCGGCCUGUAUGCUGUGUACCUUCUGGACUGGCUCACUGUCUUCAGUAAGGAGCAGUUCCUCAUUCUGCGUCUGGAAGACCAUGCAUCCAAUGUCAAGUAUACCAUGCACAAAGUCUUCCAGUUUCUAAACCUGGGGCCUCUAAGUGAGAAGCAAGAAGCUUUGAUGACCAAGAGCCCUGCAUCCAACACACGGCGUCCUGAGGAUCGGAGCCUGGGACCCAUGUGGCCGAUCACCCAGAGGAUCCUGCGGGACUUCUAUGGGCCUUUCAACACACGGCUGGCACAGGUCUUGGAAGACGAAGCAUUUGCCUGGAAGACAACGUGAGAGUGGAGUCUCUUCUGCAGAAGCUGGGCCCACUGACUCAGAAGCUGUAGCCAUGACUUUAAAAGUCUCCAGGUGGAGAACUGUCACCCACAGUGUGGAGAAAACUUCUGGAGCCCCACCCAGUCUUCUCUUCGCAAGGCACUUGUGGGGACAAUUUUGAAAAUUUCCUUGCCAUGUUCAGCAGCUCUGCACUCGAUCACUAGGCUCUUCCACCCAAAGCCUCAGAAAAUACACUGCGGGUAGACUUCUGUCUGUUCCCAGAGUGCCUUGGAUCUCUGGAGGGCAAUAGAUCUCUGGUAUCCAGUGGGUAGGAAGAGGAGGCUGUGGGGGGCCACAGACCAGCUCUGCCUUCCUUCCUCCAGGAGAGUUUGUCUGGGUGUAGGCUUGGACAGCUCUGGGAUCCAAUUAAGGCCAUGUUCUGGGGCUGCCCUUCACAUGUUAUAUCCCAGCAGGCCUUGCAGAAAUCGAUAACCCCACAUGGGCAGAGAACGGAGCUGCUUGGAGAAUGGGGGCUCUUUCUCUUUUGUUUGUAUUCCCAAGUCAGCCCUUCAGUGACAUCAGAAAUAUGCCUUGUUCCCUUUGCUGUGCUCAGAAGAAACCCAGAAGCCAGCUUUUGGCAGUAGGCGCAUCUAUCUGGCCUGUUUUGCCCGUAGACUUUGUUUAUGCCCAACAUAGAGAAGGAGUGCUUUAAAACAAACUGCUUCUUGCAUUUGACUAGCCCUGCCUCUCUUUUCUGCUCCUUUGGAUGUUUUCCUCAAGGAAUUCAGUUUGUAUUUGGAAAGGGAAGUUUUGCUGUUCAUGCCAGAAUAGAACAACCUCAAGGCAUCGAACAGUUGGCAGAAAAGGAAGGGAAGCCCUCCCCACUUGUGGAGGGUCACUGGAGAGUGUAAGGAUGUUUCCGUUUUUGGUUCUGGCUGGUUACAGGCUCCCUUCCAUCCUCCUGUUGGAGGAAUCUUUUAUCUUCUGUCAUGUACAGCCAAAGUUCUGUAACUCACUAAGGGUGAGUCUCAAGACACCCAUGUUCUCAGAAGCACAUCUCACAAACUGAGCUUGGGCCACAUGUGGUGUGACCAGGAGAUAGCUUUGCUUUUUAUGGACCUCUCUGGGCCUGAUAGCGGCUUGGUUUGCAACAGAUAUGCUGAAAGCCUUGUCAUUUUUUUAAUGACCCCAGGGAAUACCAGAGAGAACAGCUUAAGCCCAUUUGACACACGGGACGAGGCAGGACUGUCACGAAGCUUUGCUGGAGCAUGGCUGAGGGAUGCUGCCCAUGAGGCCAUGUUCUCAGGUCAGGAUCCUAUCCACCAGAGUCAGAAAGCAUACGCAGUACAUGCCCGACGGUCACUUGGACGUGUCUUGGACGUGUGAGAAAAGCUGGCCUUUGGCAGCGGGAGGAUGCACAGUUGCUUCAUUGUGUGAGUCCUGCGGUGGUCCACCCUCGUUGAAGAUGGGACUCUCAGCCCAUUGGAAGGUUCGGAGAGAGCUCUGGGCAUCAGCAUGGACUGGGCCUGUUCUGCUACUGAAGGGACCAUGUGUCUUGUGGCCUGUGUUCCAGGACAAUCCCCCCUUCUCUCACGGUGGUCAGUUGGCUCAGCAGUCAGUGGGAAAAUAUGGCCUGAGUACAAGGGUGCUUUGGGAAGAAAUGACUUCAGAGAGAGAGAGAGAGAGAGAGAGAGAGAGAGAGAGAGAGAGAGAGAGAGAGAGAAAGCGAGCGAGUGAGUGAGCGAGAGAAAGAGAGAGAGAGAGAGAGAUCACGAGAGAGUAUUUAUUUGGAAUACCGUGUGUGUGUGUGUGUGUGUGUGUGUGUGUGUGUGUGUGUGUGUGCUUUUACUGAGUGGGGCCCUCUCAGCGGUCUUGUUGAUGGGACGUCUCCAUUAGAGACAUGAUGCCUUUGUGGAUUAAUUUCUCCACCAGUUAGCCUGUCAUUUCCAGGACAUAUCUUACCGCCCCACACCAACCACGACUCUAAUAAGAGAUUUUUCUUGCGCACUCCUAUGCAUGUGAAUAACAUGUCGCGUAAUUCUGCUUCUUACAGAAGUAUUGCCAAAGGUAUUAUUUCCAAUAUUAUUUGGUUCACCGCUGAUCUUUUUAUAUGUGCAGCCCCUCCCUUUCUGUUACCCGUGACCAUCCAGACCCAAGUUUCUCUCUGUGGGUCCCUCCCCGGGGGUCCGCCAGCAUUGCCUUUGCUUUUGCUCGGUGUAAGCCCCCCCUUGUUGAGAGCACAGGUAGUGUUUUGGGUGAUGGCUCUGGAACCCGUCACCCCAAACCAAAGCGAAAUACAGACCUGGUACCGAAGACACUUUGUAUUCCUAAAGCUGUGUGCCAGGGUAUAUGACACCUUCCCUUCCUCCCUUGUCAUGUAAGGUAUGAUAUGCGAGUCACAUUUAUUCUGUACUUUUAUUCAUAUUUAAAAUAAUUAAAGAUGGACCCACACAACUGGUGCCUGCUGAAAGCGGGCCCUCCAUCACCA